CAAAAAUACAUCACAAGAUGAAUGGAUCAAUCACGACACCUCCGAAUCAACCAGUUUUGACACCGCAGCCCAAUGUGCCAUCGUCAAAUAUAUCUGCUGCAGACAAGAGGGGAGCAAGGGCUCGUAUGAGAGCUACGCGUGCUUGCGACAGAUGUAAAGGAAAGAAAGCUCGGUGUUCUGGAAACCAACCUUGCACUCUUUGCGAUCGCCUGGGUCUGGAGUGUGCGUACAAAGCGUCAUAUCGUCGAGGUAGGACUCCGUAUAUCUUGCCGUCUACCCAUGUGCCGCCAACACCAGAUGCAAAUACUGCUGCUGUGGCCAACGCUCAGCCUAUGCUGUCUCUGGCACCAAGCUUUCCGGAUCUAGCUGAGACUGUUGUCGAAGCUGGAAAAGCAGCCGAAGAAGCUGCUCUAGAAGAUGCAGGGGAAGAAUCCUCGAUUUCGGAGCUUGUCGAUGUUCCCAGCAGCUAUAUAGGUCCAGCAUCGGGCGUAUCGUUCUUAACACGAGCGAAGAAGCGUUUGCAAGAAGAUGCCACUUCCUCGCAUAUUACAGAUGCGUCUACUUUUGCCUCUGGGGACACACCUUUACCGGAGUGUGACUCUUCAUUCCUGGUAUUGCCUCCAAAACAUGAGGCGAUGUUGCUGAUUGGCACUUAUUUCGACGUCUCAUUUCCCACGCAUCGAUAUUUACAUCGACCCACUGUGGAAAUUUGGUGCGAUGAGCUGUAUAGGAAUCAGAUGCAGUGUUUCUUCAAGCCUGGAGAUAGGGAGAGGAAGGCGAUUGUGCUCAUGGUGCUUGCACAGGCUACUUUGACCAGCAGACACAAGGAUGAAAAUAAUGCUACGAGGAGUGUUAUGUUUUACGCAGCGUCUGAGCAACAACUGACCAAAGAGAGUGGAGAGACACGCUUGACUAGUGUCAUGUCUCGUCUCCUGCAAUGUCACUAUCUUGCUUCCCAAUCCCGGAUCAAUCAUGCUUGGAGUCUGUUCGGUACCACCGCCCGGUUGGUUUUCGCAGUAGGCUUGCAUCGCAAACAGAGACCUCAGAUUGGCAGAGUCAAUCAUGUUGAGGUGCAAUGUAGGCGACGUACGUUCUGGGCUGUAUAUAGUCUGGACCGAUACCUCAGUGCUGCUUUGGGUAGGCCUAAGGCUAUUCAUGAUGACGAUAUCGAUCAAGACUUGCCCGACUGCCUCGACGACGAAAACAUACUACCAGACAACCUCAUAAGUAGACCACCGCACUCACAAAGCGUAAUGCAAGCCUCAAUCUGCCACAUAAAACUCACCAGAAUUCUUAGCGGAAUCCUGAAAGAACAAUACCCCAUCCACCCCCUUCCAACCCCCUCCCACCACUUGAUCACAAUAAAAUACACCGCUUCCCUGCACUCCUGGCAUUCCGACUCUUACCCCUUUGUCUCCAAAUCCUGGCGGGACAUUAUCCUUCUAGCAGCCCCGUUUUCACGCCAAUGCGAGGUAUUGAUAAAUGCGUAUUCGCAUGCUGUCAUAUUGCUGCAUCGACCGCUCUUGCUUUGUGAUAUCAAGACGGAGGAUGAUAGGCAUGCAGUGCAAGACAGUGCAAACGCUUGCGUGGAAGCUGCAUUGAGAAUUUUGGGAUUGUUCGGGGAUAGUUGUGAGGGUGGGAGGAUGUAUGGUGCCUUCUGGUUGAUGCAAUAUUACGUAUUCUGCGCAAUCGCCGUCCUCUACGUCUGCAUCAUCCGCAAACUUUCCCCUCCGCAUCAUUGGCACGCGCAUCUUCGCACUGUGGAUUGGUGUCAACGACUUCUUUCCCAACACGCCUUGCAAGCUUCUUUUGCAAGAAGAUAUGCUAUUUUUCUUGGUGAGCUCAGGGUGGAAGCUGAGAAGAAGGUUGAGGGGAGGUUACGUGGAGGAGGCAGUGAUGAUGUGGUGAUGGAGGAGCCACACGUGCGAGAUCGAGAAGUGGAAAUACAUCAGCAACAGCAGCAGCAGCAAGAUUCCACAACGACGCCUUUUGAGAUGGGAGAGGUGGAUGCUGCUACGGUGUCUUCGCUUUUUGACGAGUUGACGAAUUGGGAAGAGUUGGAUUCAUUUGUCAUGGCAGGCAUCAAUUUCGACUUCGACGCAGCAUUUGCAUCAGCGACGGACUCUACUUGAGCGACAAGAAGACUGUUUGGAACACCACGGACGACAAUGAAUUUGUCACUGAAUCGUGAAUUCGAUCAAAUACGA